UAUUAACGUUUUUAGGCAACGCUAUGGUCGUACACGCCAUCAGAACUGAACGCAAACUACACACCGUAAGCAAUAUGUUUAUCAUGAGUCUGGCGAUCGCUGAUUUAACAGUUGGCUUAAUAGUAAUGCCUAUUAGUUCAGUGUAUGUACUAUUGGGUGACUGGACACUGGGUCUAGUGGUUUGCCAGCUAUGGCUAGUUAUAGAUUAUACGGCCAGUACGGCAUCGAUAUUUAAUUUAUUGAUAUUAAGUUUGGAUCGUUAUUGGUCUAUACGAUCGCCGCUCAAAUAUCUAUGUAAACGAACCAAAAAGCGAGCCCUGGGUAUGAUUGGCAUUGUUUGGCUAAUAUCUAUCUUAUGGGUCAUACCUAUCAUUGGCUGGCACUUAGUAUACUCUAACGGUGUCCGCAAACACCCGGAUAAUGUUUGCGAAACCGAGUUCAGCGAUUCAAUACUAUUCAAACUGACCACUUCGGCCGUCAACUUUUUCAUACCAAUGAUACUAAUGGUUGUCAUCUACUAUAAGAUAUUCUGCGAAAUCAAACGCCGAGGAAAGAUAGACAUCGGCCGGAGUCUGAGUGUUUCGUGUGCCGACCACUCGACUACUUUGAGCCGAUCAUCGUUGAGAAAACAGCGUAAACUUUUCCAACGAAAUAAUUAUAAGACAACAACAAAAACUAAGGGUUGUUCCUCCUGUUCAUCAUUUCCAGCAACAACAACAACAGCCAAACAGAUCAUCAAAAUGAAUUUAGUGGAUAGUGAAAAAUGUUCGCAAACUGAUAGGCCAUCAAUCGAUAGACCAAAUAGUAGAGAUAGUAGUGAUGAGAUUAAGUGUCAAAACAAAUUACAGUCGUUGACUACUAAUACAACUACCAGUGCUGCUGCUGUUAUCAGUGAUAAGCCGACCUACUCUGUCGAUGAUAGCUUCUUGUUGUCGUCAGCUAAACAACACUAUCAACAGUUGACACUAAUGAGUGUUAAACCAGAAAAGUCUUCGCUAACGGCACUCGAAGACUAUAAAGGCGUCAAAGUGGAGGUCGAGUAUAUUAAUGGCGGAUCAGUUGUCAAUAUUGUUAAUACCACUCAUUUGGAUAACAAACAACCAAAUGACCAAAAAUUAUUAAACACUUUAUCGACAAUUAAAACAUCAAUCGAUACGAAAUCAGAUUCCUUGAUCACUACUACUACUACUACACUAUCCGGUUAUAAAUCGCAACAACAAAUUAGUAGUAAAAAUAAACACAAAACUAAGUGUAAAUCCAAUACAACAAAAUUAACUAAAAGAAAAAAUGUCAAUAAUGGCAGUGAAGAUGAUAAUCAACAAGAAAUGGAUGAAUUGAAUAUUAGUAGUAAAAGCAAUAGUUGUUUAAGAAAAACCACAUCAAACAAGUCGUCGUUGAAAAUCAAUACAUCAAAUAAUACUAAUAAUAGUUUAGAAAUCUCAAGACUUGAUAGUCGUCUGGUGUCUCGUCCGUCGAUAGCACUUCCGGCCAACGAGUUGUGCAUCGAGUGUCAGUCAACAGCGGCUGCAGCCGUAGCCGCCACUCAUCACAUGAAUGCUUUACGCCGUGAAGAGUCCUCACGUUUGCGUCAGGAGAAGAAGGCUGCCCGACAAUUGGGGGUCAUUUUGGGCGCAUUUAUACUAUGUUGGAUGCCAUACAUCAUUACAUUCAUUGUUACAGCUCACUGUCCCGAUUGUGUAUCAUCUACUGUACAUCAGGUGGCCAUUUGGUUAGGUUAUGUAAAUAGUUUUUUGAAUCCAUUUUUGUAUGCCUUAUGUAACGAAAACUUCAAGCAGGCAUUCAAGAAAAUGUUAGGUCGGGUCAAAACACAACAGCCCUCCUAUAACUUUGAUCUGACACACGGUACCAGCUUUCGGGUCAACAAAAAUAAUUUUGCCUAA